GAGAGAGGCGGGCUGACCGGGGGAAGUGAAACCGUCAAUGUCAAAAGACCCUGGAUCAGCUGUUUGCUGUUGAUCCCCCGCCCUCCCCUCCAACACCAAUAACAUCCACGGAUAACAGCGGUCGGUUGAUACAAACACCGGGUAAAGGAGCACCUUCUAUGAGGACUGAAGUCAGGUGCGCAGUAGGUUCACGUCGUUAACAGGCAUCAUGAACUCUCUCCCAACAAGAGCAGCACUGUCUCUGUGCAGGCGCACGGCAACGGGCGGGAUGAGGGUCCUCGCCGGUUCCCUGGGUCACCCAGCGGGGAUCCUACCGGUAGACAGGGCCGCUUUCCAGGCUGUGCGGGUUUGCCACUCCGGGGCGAACCGCAAGACCAGCGUUAGCACCAAAAAGCGGGGCUACGACAUUACCAGAAACCCACACCUUAACAAGGGAAUGGCAUUCACCCUGGAGGAGCGCUUACAACUGGGCAUCCACGGCCUGCUGCCCCCCUGCUUCCUCUCCCAGGAUGUGCAGGUCCUGCGCGUCAUGAAGAGCUACGAGACACGCACCAACCCUCUGGACAAGUACAUCCUGCUGAUGACGCUGCAGGACAGGAACGAGAAGCUGUUCUACCGUUUGUUGACCUCUGACAUUGAGGAGUUCAUGCCCAUCGUGUACACUCCCACCGUCGGCUUGGCGUGUCAGCAGUACGGCCUCGCUUUCAGGAGACCACGAGGACUCUUCAUCACCAUCCACGAUAGAGGCCACAUCGCCACCAUGCUCAACUCCUGGCCAGAGGAAGACAUAAAGGCCAUUGUUGUGACGGACGGGGAGCGUAUCCUCGGCCUGGGUGACCUGGGCAGCUAUGGGAUGGGCAUUCCCGUUGGGAAACUGGCGCUCUACACGGCCUGUGGAGGUGUUCGGCCCCAGCAGUGUCUCCCAGUGCUGCUGGACGUUGGCACCGACAACCAGACGCUGCUCAACGACCCCUUGUACAUCGGCCUGAAGCACAAGAGAAUCCGAGGAAAGGAGUAUGACGAGCUGAUCGAUGAGUUCAUGCAGGCGGUGACAGACAAGUACGGGAUGAACUGUCUGAUCCAGUUUGAGGAUUUCGCUAACAGCAACGCCUUUCGUAUCCUCAACAAAUACAGGAAUCGAUACUGUACCUUCAACGACGACAUCCAAGGUACGGCUUCAGUGGCUGUGGCUGGGAUCUUAGCUGCAUUGAAGAUCACCAAGAACAAACUGUUAGACCAUACUUUCGUUUUCCAGGGAGCAGGCGAGGCUGCUCUGGGUAUUGCUCACCUUCUUAUAAUGGCCAUGGCCAAAGAGGGGCUAACUAAAGAAGAAGCUGCCAAGAGGAUCUGGAUGGUGGACUCAAAAGGUCUCAUUGUGAAGGGAAGAAGCCAUCUGAACCACGAGAAGGAGGAGUUUGCUCACGAGCACCCGCACCUGAAGACCCUGGAGGAGGUCGUAGCAGACAUCAAACCCACUGCUAUCAUAGGCGUGGCUGCUAUCGGAGGAGCAUUCACCGAGAAGAUUAUCAAAGACAUGGCGUCCUUCAAUGAGAGGCCGAUCAUCUUUGCCCUGAGUAAUCCGACCAGCAAGGCGGAGUGCACAGCGGAGCAGUGCUAUAAGCUCACAGAGGGUCGGGGCAUCUUUGCUAGUGGAAGCCCCUUCGACAAGGUGACGCUGGCUGAUGGGCGCACCUUCUACCCCGGGCAGGGAAACAACGCCUAUGUCUUCCCUGGAGUUGCUCUGGGGGUUAUAGCCUGCAGAGUGCGCCACAUAUCUGAUGACAUCUUCCUCACCACAGCAGAGGCAAUAGCUGACAUGGUAACAGAGGAGCACCUGGCUGAGGGAAGACUUUAUCCUCCGCUUAGCACCAUAAGAGAGGUGUCCUUUAAGAUUGCAGUGAAGCUCGUCAACUAUGCAUACAAACACAACAUUGCUUCGGUGUACCCUGAGCCUAAAGACAAGGAGGCAUUUGUGCUGUCUCAAGUCUACAGUCCCGAUUACGACUCCUUCACUCUGGACACAUACAGCUGGCCCCAGGAUGCCAUGAAGGUCCAGGAUGUGUGAUCCUGGUCAUCUAUGUCUCUGUCUAAACUUAAUAUGUUGCUGUGGUGUCACAUACAAUUUCUGCGUUGCCUCCGUACAGAAACAUUGCCAAUGACUCUCGCCUUUUUAGCUUUUCUUUUUUGUUGUUGUUGUUUGUUAAAAAAUGUUUCAGUGUGUCCCUGGUCCAUUCAGUCAGCACACAGUGCUCAUUAUGAAUUAGAUGCCCAAUAUUAGCCAAUGAAAUGCAUAAUAUUCUAUGUUAAUGAUUCUCUGUGUCAGCCUUUCAUGUAAGUGUUUCAGUUCUCUGAAGGUCUGACUGAGGAAAAACAUUCUAUAUCUGCACAACAGCAUAUCAAAUAUCACAAGCAUGUCCUCUAUAACUCUACAACAUAAACUGCACUUCUUUCACUGGAUUUCCCAGACAAGAUGUUGUAGGAUUUAGCAUGUGCAGUGAUUCAAAUUUCUGCUUUUGAGAGAUAAAUCUGAGCUGGUGCAUGAAAUACAAAGCAGUGUUCACAAUACCGCACAAUACUUCCUCUUGUCUUGACACAAAUGAACAGAGGACUCAUUUUGAAGCUUAUAAAGAAACUCUCAGUGCCUCUUCCUGUAUGACCUCAGGACGUCACUGCUAACCCUAACCCUAACCCGAUUAUGAGUUAAAACCUCUGUAUCUGUGUGGGUAGCAAAGAUAUGGCUGAUCCCUGCAGCUGCUUCUGCAGUAUUUCACACUCCGUCAACGUGGGCACAUGUUUUAACCUGUACACUGGAUUGAAAACACUCCAGGAUCAGCCUGUAUUUCUGUUUCACUGUCUCUGCUUCCCCCUUAGAUAAUCAAUUAUUCUCAACGAGAGCGCAGUUUUCUUGAAUAUGUGUUCAGAGGAGGCGUUGUUAAGGAUUGAGUGUUACCAUCAGGAUAGUUUUUGUAUACAGUGGUGUGAUGUGUGUAGUUUUGUACAGAGCUCUGCCUGUUGUUUUGUUUUUUUGUUUUUUUUUUGCCAAAGUUACUGAUGAACUGUAUCUUAUCUUUUACUUCUAGAGAACAUGAUGCCCAGCAAGCUUUAGUACUGAGAGAUAUGCCUGUUUUUAAAGGGAAAAUAAAACUUUUUCAAUAAAAUUGGUAAUAAAAUA